AUGAAAAGUUUAUCUAACAUGUUUUCAAUUAAUAAUUUGUUUGAAUCGCAACCUCUAGUCAAUAAUUUGAUUGGAGUUGCCCUCUUCUGGCUGGUAAAGUAUUUGUUUAAUACAAUAAAAAGGAUUCGUUCAUUACCAGCUGGUCCUUGGGGUCUUCCCAUUGUUGGUUAUUUACCCUUUCUUGGUGAUCAUGUUUACCUUCAGUUUGACCAAUUGUCUAAAAAGUAUGGACCAGUUUAUAGUUUGAAAUUGGGUUCUUUCGAUGUGGUCUUGGUUUGUGAUUGGCCUCAUCUGAAAGAUGCUACUUCCAAUGAUGCCUUACUUGCUCGACCGCUCAGUUUUUUCCCUGGUACCGUUACUGGACGUUCAUUUGGUGAGAUGUCAGGUAACCCAUGGCGGGAACAUAGACGUUUAUCACUACAUAUUUUACGUGAUGUUGGACUUGGAAAGAGUACCAUUGAAACAUUAGUUAAAGAAGAGAUUGACCAGUUUCUUACAACUUUGGACAAUGAUGGUGAAUCUGUUGAUUUUAAAAAAAAGAUUUCUCGCUCUGUAACAAAUAACGUGUCAAUUUUAUUGUUUGGUCAUAAAUAUGAUUAUGAUGAUCCUGCUGCUAUCGCAAUUUCAGCAUCUAAUGCCGAAAUCGCAAGUAGUUUCAACUUCGCCGGUGUUAUGGCUUUUCUACCCUGGUUGUCUAGCCUUGUGUUUAAAUUUGAAUUGUUCAAUUCAAAUAGGCUGAAAAAGUGCUUUAAAACCGUCGAUUCACAUAUUCAGAAUGAGAUUGUCAAACAUCAGGAAAAAAAUUCGCAAGACGUUGUAGAUUAUAUCGAUGGUUAUCUUGCUGAAAAGAAAAGUAGAGAAGAACGAAACCAAAUCGACGAUAAUUUCUCAAUUGAUGUAUUGAAACGCAAUGCUACUGCAUUCUACGGAGCUGGAAAUGAGACUAUAUCAAGUACAAUGGCAUGGGUAAUGAUAUAUUUAGUCAAAUAUCCAGAGUAUCAAGAUAAAAUACGUUCAGAGAUAGCUGAUGUUAUUGGAUUUGAAAGAAGACCAGAUUAUCUUGAUAGAAUUAGAAUGCCUUUUACAAUGGCUUUCAUUCAUGAAAUACACCGAAUUGGUUCUGUUGUUGCAAAUAAUCUACUCAGGAGAGCUUCAAGUGAUACAAAAAUCGGUAAUUACAAUAUUCCCAAGGAUACUUUGGUUAUCUUCAAUUUCUGGUCAGUCAACCAUGAUCCUAAACUGUGGCCUAAUCCUGAUAAAUUUGAUCCAACUCGUUACCUUGCUGAAGAUGGCAGUAAAGUAGCGAAACCACCUCAUCUUAUACCUUUCAGUGCCGGUAAAAGGAACUGUCCAGGUGAAGGUUUCGCCAAUGUUGAAUUAUUUUUGUAUAUAGUUUGUAUAUUACAAAAAUAUCGUGUCAAAGUUAAACCAGGAACUGAAAUAUCAACUGAAGCAGCUUUUGGUUUAUCAAGAUGUCCAUCCAACCUACCAACUUUAAUCUUUGAGAAAAUAUCCAACUCCAACUGAACUUAAAUAUACAAUAUGUAUGUCAUGUUAGUAUUAAUAUUUUUGUGUGAAAAUGUUUUUUAUUGUGAUUUAACAUUUUUUUAAAUAAUCAUAACUUUCGAAGAAGAACUGAACCGAAACAAAUGGUCAAAAACGGAUAAAUAUCAAUUUCUUCCAAAUUUGAACUCUGUUGGUUUUAGGGACAUAAAAACUUAGUGUAUUAUGAAAGCAGAUUUUUUUCAUGAUUUUCAUUUCAAAUAUGUAACUUUCAGUGAACAACUAGAAAAUGCUCUUAUUUUGAGAAAUAAAAAUUUCUGUUUUGUACAA